UAAAAUUAUAUUUUAUCUGGAAUUUCUUGUUAGAUCGAAACAUUUCACUAAACUGAUUUCCUGCUUCAGUCUUAUUUACAUAACUAUUUAAUCUCAUAACACACAAAUGCUCAGUAAGCAAUUGAAUGUAAACUAAAACAGCUUAAAGAGUCGGUUGACUCACUCAGUCGUUAUGACUCGGUCUCCAUCAUUUUCAGCUUUCGUUUCUCUUACUUCUUCUUUAGAAACGAAACAGAACUCACCGAUUUCCUCCUUCCACCUGAGUCUCUGAGUUUUUUCCGCGUUGUCAGCUGGUGCAGAAGUGCAGAUUUUUACCGCAUAGGGGAUUGUUUUUAAUCGCGCUUUUAAAAUCGUAAACAUAGGUAAAUGAUGAGGACAGUUACAUCUUUCUUUUUAAAGAGCUUUUCUCAGCUUUGAGGAAGUUUGCUACAGUUCCAGGAUGGCCGAAAGGAGUCCUGAAGAAGAGAAUAUAAAUCAAGAAAUAUUACAUCCAACUGAACUUCCUGCAGAAAUUAAGAACUGGAAUAAAGAGCAUGUGAGAGACUGGAUUCUCAGAUUAACAGAUGUGGGUAAUGAAAAUGCUAAGAUACUGUAUGACCAGGAAUUCGUUGGAUCGAAUCUUCUAUUACUGAAGACAUCUGAUUUGCAUGAUAUAGGCAUUAAAGGUGGACCAGCAAUGCUGAUUAUUCACCAUAGAGAUAAACUGAAGGCUCACCCUUUGGACACCCUAGGAAGCCAAACUGGAAAUGCAUGCAAUCCCUAUCCUUUUAAUCAAUUUCAUGCUGCCUACCGAUACAAGGAAAACAGUAUACUUGAUAUAACAGAAACAGGGGCUCUUAACUUCAUAGAACCAUGUCAUGAGUACAAAGCUUUUAUUCAUUUCCAAAAUGUGACAACAGACGAUAAGUUGAAAAAGUUCACAGAUGAAGUUAUUAAAUUUUCUGCUGCUUGCAUGAACAGUCGUACUAAUGGUACAAUUCAUUUUGGGGUUGGUGAUUUACCAGAAUUCAGUCAUGGACAAAUUCUGGGUGCUACUGUUGAAAACAAAGAAGCAUUUCUUAAGAAACUAGCAGAAGUGAUUAUGUUGCGGUUUGAACACAAGCACACAGACGUGGCUAAAAAAUGUAUCAAACCACCAAGGUUUGUUGAGGUUCUUAAAGCAGACAUGACAUGCUCAGGAAAAUAUGUCAUAGAGGUGGAUGUCGAACCAUCCUUCUUGGUUUGUGAAAACAGGUGCUUUCACAUCCACAAUGUAGACUCAAAAAAAGCAAAAAAAUCUAAAAUCACAACUGAUAAAGAGGAUGGCGGCAAAUUCUUCUACAUUAGAGACAACAGCAGUAGCAGAAAUAUUUUUGUCCAGACUUCCUCCCCAAAGUCCUUAGAAGAGUACAACAAGUAUGUUGAUAAUAUGGCACAUUUGUCUCAGCUGAGGAAGAAAGCUGAGGAAGAGCACCUCACUGUUGUUAAAAGUAGUGUGCAGGGUUCUAAGCUCUGUGAGAUGCUAACAGGAGGCUCAGGGUCUUUGGACAAAUCUCACUUUGAGCGAUAUGUAUUAGUCAUUAACAAAUCCCAUCCAGUCCAAAAAGAGUCCCUAGCAUUUCUUCUGGACAUGAACCUAACAGCUGUUUUGGACUUUGAUCCAGAAUCUGCUGAGACUGGUUUGAAUAAGCUAUUUGAUGAGAGAAACACAAAUGUCCAUUUGCCUAUGCAAUAUAAAAUCACAGAGCCAGUUGAGGACAUUGCAAAUAAGCUGAAGCUGACCAGAGCCACAAGCUGGGUUUUCUGUAAUGGAAGAGUAAGAGAUGAACCACCCUCUGAUGUGGCUAACUGGCUAACAGAGAAAGGGUCCUCCAUUCGAGAUGUUGUGUCAUUCCUCUGUAGAAAGGAUGUGCUGCCUCAAAAAAAGUUUCUUAUCAUAUUCAUUCUGUUGAGUGAUGUUACUGACAAUCAUGAUCCUUUCCUUGAGACAUUCAGUAUGUUUUCGCAGGAGCUGAAAGGCACAGAGCAAAUCCUAUGCAUAUGUGAAAAUAAAAGAGCAUACACUUACUGGAAAGAUCUGAUUGAAGCAAGAUAUGGAAUAGACAUAGUAAGAAGAUGCAUUUAUGAGCUCAGUUUUGCAGAGAUUAAUGGUACUGUCCUCAGUCUGUGGUCAGAAAAUCGAAAAUCUCGCAGAUUUUUGCCUGGUGCUGCUGGUAAUGUUUUAUUACCAAAGAAAGUGGAGGGCAGCAUGGAUACACUGAAUGUUCUAUGUGUAAAUGAAUGUGAGGGUGGCAAUGAAGACAAACUGCAACUGGAAGAAACUUUUUACAAAGGAGGAAAGGUGUGCUGGUGGAAUUUCUAUUUUUCAGAACAGCCAGGAUCAACACCAUUUAUCAAACGAGACAAGUUUGACUACAUCAUUAAUACUAUUAUCCCAGAUGUGUGCUCCCUCAAGCAAGCUUGUGUUUGCUUCAACAUACUCCAUAUUCCUGGUUGUGGAGGAACUACACUGGCCAUGCAUGUUUUGUGGACUUUAAAACAAAAAUUUCGCUGUGCAGUUCUGAAAAAUAAAGAUGUUGAUUAUGUAGAUGUAGCCCAACAGGUAAUUACCUUGUUGACCAUAGAGCAUCAAUCCCAGCUUCCAGUGCUGCUUCUGAUAGACGACUUUGACGACUUUGAUGCUGUAAAUGAUCUUCAGCAGCACAUUGCAAGGGAAUGUCAGAAGAGAAAUGUAUCUCCUAAGUCUCCUCAGGUCAUCCUUAUGAACUGUAUGAGGUCUGAAUCACGGGAGCAGACUGAAGCAACAGAUGACACAGUUUUCAUUGGAAACAAAUUGACUGAGAAGGAACAAAAAUUAUUCGAGAACAAGUUAAAAGAAAUUGAAAAGAUUUACCAAAAUGCUGAAACAUUCUAUGGUUUCAUGAUCCUGAAGAAAGACUUUUCUACAGAGUACAUACAGGGUGUUGUGAAAAAUACACUGAAGGGCUUUAACUUUAAACAGAGGGAUGCUCAACUCAUUGCGGUUCUAGUACUCUUGAAUUGCUACUGCAAGAGUUCAAAGCUGUCUGUCUCUAUAUGUGAAGAAUUUCUUCGUCUGUCAACAAGACCUGACUUGACUUCAUGUAAAGUUGAAGAUGGAUUGGGGAAGUUUUCCACACUUGUAACACGAUGCACAGAAAACUCCAAGUUAGAGUUUCAGGCUAUGAGAGUGAUCCACGCAAGUAUGGCAGAACACUGCUUAAAGGAACUUAAAACUACUUUUCAUGUAUCCCAAGCACAGAUCACCGACUUCCUACUGACAACAGAAGUGUUUUAUGGUUGCAUUCAGGGAAAGGAUAAACUCAUGCAGGACGUUCGCUAUAUGUUGGUGAAAAGACAUUACUCAACUGAAAGUGUUCAAGCAGAUCUUCAGUUUUCACCGCUUAUCCAAGCCAUUGCAAAGGAGACUCCUGGUUGCGAAGAAAAUGUCUUGCUUAAUGCUGCCAAACGCUUUGAAAAAGAUGCAGUAAUAUUCCAGCUAAUUUCCAGGUACCACUAUCUAGAGAAAAAAGAUUAUAGAGAGGCAAAGGUUUGGGCAAAGAAGGCAAGAGUUCUCCAGGUAAAUAACUCCUACAUUUGUGAUACAUCUGCACAAGUAAUUAAGCAUGAACUGAAAAAUGCAAUGAGCAAUGAAAAAGAUGAUGAAAUAAAACCUGACAAAUUGAAAGAAUAUCUCAAAAUGGCUGAGAUUGCAACAGAAGCUUUCAGAGAAACACAAGAAAUUGCUAGAAGGGAAGUUUUACUUCGAUAUCAAACAAAAAAAGACUUCAGCCCCUAUAACACAGCUGGUCGCCUUGGAGAGCUUGAAGUUGCAGUUAUGGUGAUAAAGAUACUGGAAAGGAUCCCAGUGUUUUGUUUAGACAAGCUUCGUCAUGACAUUCUGAGCCAAGUUCUCUCAGGUAAAUUGAAAAUACAAGAUAUGGCAGCAUAUGACCCAAAAAAGCAAAAGAAUGCUUCUUAUUACCAACUUCUCCGGGAAUUUUCAGAUCUCCUGUAUAACCUCAGAGACAACAUGAAGAAGCACUUUGAUUUUCUUGAUAAGUAUUCUGUCAACCUGAGCUCAUUUUACUCCCAAAAAGGUACCAGAGAUCUCUGGACUAGAGAGAAGAUCUUCUCAUGCUUUCAACAGUAUGUUAAAUUAUUUUGCAGUUCAGACAAAAAAGAAUUGAUGAAAAACAGUGCAUUGAACACCAUGCUCAAAAUUGAGACGACACGACAAAGCCUGGAAAAAAACAAAGCUGAUUCCUACAGUGGACUCCUUAAAUAUCUUUCCAAAGAAAAUUUCAAAUCAGAGGGAAGUACAAUUGAACAAAUCGUCAAAAAUUAUGACUUUAUUCUGAGAAACUCUCCACCACAAAAUGACAGGCAUUUCAAGGACACCGUCAACUUCAUCUACGCAAAUAUUGUUCUCAGUAAAAUUAGCCCUGAAUCUCGAUUUCUUGUACCCUACAGGGAACUUCAUAUACUUGUCUGCCAAACACUUCAACGUCGCACCCCUCUCAAAGACAGCUUAGCAUUGCAUUUUACUGCAGUGAUGAUGCUGUGGCCGGAUAACGUGUCAGUUGAUAAGUUGAGUGACAGGAUGGGAAGUUAUGUAUCACAGAUGAAAAGUUCCUUUUCAAAUGAAAUGAAACCUGUAUGCAAUGGCAAGAGAGCAGUUGUUCAUUUUUACCUGGGGAAGAAAACAGGUUUUGAUCGACUGAUCAUUCAGAAGGACAUUGAUUCAUGUGUGGACUCACAGCAGACAAUGUCAAGAGAACUGCAAAAUGGAAAGGUAUGGGAAAACGAAAAAGUCCAAACUAUGCUCCGUAGAGUCACAGGAACUGUCUCUAGAAAUGCCAUUAUGGCAGACACAGCAAAUCCAGAUGUAAAAGUUCCAGUCUGUCCAUUGUUUAAAAGUCAGUUGUGCGGAGAUCUGGAUGAGCGUGUAUCAUUUUUUGUUGGAUUUACCAUGAAUGGUCCAGUUGCAAUUGGCAUUCACCCUGUGUCAUAGAUUUCUGAUUGACUUAGUGAAGGCCUUCACACCAUUCAGUGGUGUGUCCUUUUAGAUAUGAACCAAUCAUAUCCUCAUAAUUUUCGGCAAAAAAUGCUAAUAUUGUGGUCAGUAUUCACCACAAAUUUUUAUCCAACAUUGUUACUAAAUAGGCUGAAGGGUGUAGCUGGCUAAGCCUUGUGAAGCCUAGACAAUCUGCCAAAUUACUGAAGUUAUUAAGGCUUUUAAAAUAAUACACCAUAGUAGAUGUUUAUUAGUAUGUUACUAGGUCACUAGACUAAUCUCUGAAAAAUUAUUUUUAAAAAAAGAUCCUUUAUUCCACCACUAGAGAGAGCUAUAGGACUUUCUAAGCUGGUGUUUUAUGCCUUCCACUCAGUUAACUUUCCAAAACAAAAUAACAUAUUGUGUUUGUGUGUUUGUGUGUUGAAAUAUAACUGAUUCUGCACUGAUUACUGUAAUAUAUGGAUCUCUCUAACUGUUUUUGUUUGUUUAAUAAAAAUAUUGCUUCUUGUAUGCUAGGUAAAAACAGAAAUGCUUAUGAAAAAGUCUUAAAGCACUUAAUCACUAUAUAGACACCCAAAAGAGUGUCUAUCUGCACUGUAUAUUCUAGACUUCAGAACUGUGUAUGUAUGUACAAUAUGUAUUGUAUUUUAUUAUGGAAUAUAUAAUGUUAAGCAUCCAGAGAAAAUUAUAAUUUCAAGAUCUCACUCUGGAAAAGAUGCUUUCAGACUCUUUCUCUAAGAUUGGAGACACUUAUAGUUCGAUCUUUGAUAUUUCUUCCAAAAACCUUGUUGAACACAAAGUUGCACACUAGUGUAACGUAACACAGAACCAUGGGCCAGUAAUCCACAAUGUGAUGGUAUCAUUUGCCUUUUGUUUUAGAGAACCGUGUAAACCUUUGUAAUCCCUGCCUUUCAGUUUGCUUGCAGAUCUAUAUUGAAUCUAAGAAUAUAUAUCCAUAAUUCAGCUCCAAUAAGCUGUUUCAUGCUGUGGCUAUUAGUACUUGUUCUUUGACAACAGAACAUCUCUGUGCACCUCAUGAAAUGUAGACAAUCCUUUGUGCUAGCUGUACUGUCUGUGAAAACACUGACAACACCAGCAAAUGAAAUGGAGGCAGAAAUCUCUGGUAAUGAGGGGGAUUAUAAUGAUUGCUAGAAUCUAACAAUUUGGCAGAAGCAAAUUAAAUUUAAUUCAGAUGCACAGAACACGUUCAGGAGUUCAGGAGCCAUGUGACCAUGCAGUCUAUGUGUGAUGUGGAAUAUGCCUUAACCUUUAAGUUAAUUGCUGUGCCACAAAAUUGUUUGUUUUGUGUAAAUAGUUUAUAUUCGAUUAAAUAAAUUUGGAGAACAAUUGUACUGUAAAAUUAAUCGAUUAUUAUUGUUUAUUUUGUGUUUCUGUACCAGAAAGGGCCGAAGUAGAACCCUUUGUUAACGGAUAAAGUGAUGUUACUACUACCAUUCAUAUAUUAAAUAAACCCAAGAAUGGUGUCUUCCAAAUGAUCUCAUGUUGUUCUCACAAUCAAAUGUUAUAGUAAUAAAUAAAUUUGGUGCUGAUUGUUCUCUGUUUUUUUGUGUAACUUCGAGAACGGUAGGGAGGUGGGUGCCAUCUUAUUUUGUAAAUUCUUUUUUUCUAAUGUUUUGUGUUAGCUUGGGAGUGAGUUCAGAUAAUCUGUUAUUUCUUUUAUUUUUGUGAUCUAGUUUAUCAAGAUUUCAACUCCCCAAGCAGUGGACCUUUUGUUUGUUAUUUUGGCGUUGCCCCCUCCUGAAGUUUUGUAUCCCCUCCUAAGUUGAACUCUCCUUAUUUACACUUGUUUUACACUGAUGUUUAAAUAAAAAUCUAUGAUUGAUACAGAA